AUGGCAAGUUCUCGUCAUAAAGGGCGGCGUUGUGUGGUGGCAGGUUGCAGCAACACAGCAGGUAAUGGCGUCUCGGCCCACACAUUCCCUGCAGACACUAAGACAUUCAAUGCAUGGAAAAGUUUCGUUAGGCUGACUAGAGCAGACUGGGAAGAACCAACUAAACAUAGUGCUAUAUGCAGUGAACAUUUUAAUCCUACUUGUUUUGAUGCACAAUAUGAGAUCAAGGCGAAAUUGGGGUUCUCCACUAAGAGAAGACUAAACCCAGGUUCAGUGCCGUCUAUCUACCCUAAGAGAGAUCGUGAUGAUUUGAACGAGGCGUUUUUGUCGUCACCUGUCACCAUAGGAAUUCAAUGUGAUUUGUUAUCCAAUGAACCUUCAAAAGAUGUGGAGACUCCCAGCACUCCAAGGAAGCCAGAGCCUCCCUCAUCAGAACAACCACCAGAUGAUAUGGAUAUCACCCCUAGUGAUACCAGCUCAUCAUCCGAUGGAGAUAUGUCCCUAUAUGAGCCAUCCUCAUCAGACACCUCAUCCAACAGUGAUGUGACCAUGCAUAUGUUCACGAUGGACCAACUGGAGAGAGGAAAUUCAUUGUUAGUGAAUCCAACCUAA